UGCUGCAGCGGAGUGGGAGGCCUACAUAUUUUCGUGGGGGCGGGGUUCCGACGCAGAGUUUACCAUAUUUCUCCAGGGUCGCUCUGGCCCCAGGAGUUGGCAAGGUUGUGCGCUGGGGAUCGGGUGGGUGGGGUCAGCUCUUUUGAUCAAUGCCGCUAUUAGAUAAGAACGGCGGUGCGGGAGGCUGGCCGCCUUUAUGGGGGUGAGAGAGAAGGGGCGCGGGAGGCGCUGCGGAGAGUUACCGUAUUUGCGUUGGGCAGCUCAGACUCGAGGAAAGAGCCACUGCUGGAGGCCGGAGGAACUGGGGUGCAGCCUGGGCUGUGAGUGUGGGAUGGGAUGGAGGAACUUGGGGGAGAAAGGGAGGCCAUAGCCUUGGACCCUCCUGGCGGGCGGGGCCUUGGUCAGGGGUAGAGCUGGGAGAUUGGGAGACCAGGCCGGGACUGGCCAAGGGGAAGGUGAUGGCCUGUCUUUGCAAAUGUCCAUGCAGCUGCUGGGGAAAGACCUGUGGGUGGUUGCAAAUAGUACUUGUCCCCUUCCCCAGGGUGAGUGGUGUCCCACCUCGGCAUGAGGGUAGGGGGAUGCAGAGGGGGUGUCUCUAGGCUCCCACUCUGCAGAUAGGUCCACUGAGGUUGUGGUAAGCAGUGAGAUAGGGAAGUGUGGAGGAGGCCUGCACGGAGGUCCAGGGGAAGGGCCGGCAAACUUCCCUGAUGGGGGUGGGGGGAUGCAGGGGAGUUGCCAGCUUACCCCCUCCUAGCAGGCCUCACAGCUCUGCAAGAGCAGGAAUGGGGGUGGAGGAGGUGUUGGAGACAUGAGGGUGGUGCGGCAGACAGUGCCUUACAGGACCAGUAGCCCUUUGGGUAUUGAUGGCUCUGUGGUGAUGGCCAGGACAGUGGAGGUGGUCACGUGUGUGCACGUGCAAGCCUGCUUUGAGGGGAGCUUAGUUGGUCAGCAGCUAGUACGUUGAGAAAAGCUUUUGACAGUGAGUUAGGAAGCUUAGGGCCUAGUCCUCGUUCACCUUGCUGUGUGACCUUGGGCAAAUUAAGUCAACCUCACUGAGCCUCAGUGUCCCCAUCUAUAAAAUGGGGUUCAAUAAGUCUGCUCCUUCCUCGGGGAGGUUGUGAGGACUGUGGGAAACAAUUGUGGAGGAACGCAGUGCCCCCGGGGAUUCUCUUAGGAGAACCAGCAUGGAACUGAACUUGGGGGUGUUUGUUGAACUUUGAGUGUUCCUCAGCCUUGGGCCAGGCUUCACUGUGGGCAUGCCAAGAGGAAUCAAGCUGAGACCCGCCCCCUGGGAGCUCACCCUCUAGUUCAGUGACUUGAGAACACUUUACAGGCUUGGCUUAUGUUGAUAAACAAAGAGCUGCUGCCUUUAAUGUUUAACUGAGGUUACUUUCAAGUUUAAAGGGCUUUUGUUCUCUUUCUUCUUUUAAGCUUUGCAAAAAUAUCUUCAGGCCACUGUUGACCCCACCUUUCCCUCCAGAUGGGGGAUGCACGGAGAAUCUGGCUGGAGAGAAGACAUGUCCAGGUUCAGGAUAACUCAGAAUACUAUGAGCGCCUGAAUAUUACCCUUCGGCAUUUAUUCAACCCCUUGUGUGGCAGGCACAGUGUUUGAUGUGGGGCAUUAAAGGAGGCAGCUCUGUCCUUACCGGGCUUAAAGGGCAGGGAGACCGAGGCGGCAGGAGUGACCAGCAUGCUGUAUGAUGAGGGUCACAGGGUUCAGCCAUUUUGGUUCAGGAGGGGCUGGAGGGGUCAGGGAAGGCUUCUAGGAGGAGGUGUCACUUGAGAAAGGUCUGAGGGCCAGGUAGGAUGUGAUUAAGGGGUGGCAGAGAAAGAAGGGCAUUGCAGCAGGGGGACCCUGCUGGCUUGAACAGGGCUGCAGAGUGGCGGAUGCUGGAAGCUGUGGGAGGCCACUGCAGGGUCCUGCCUGAGGCCAGGGGCUGGCUGCUCUUUGGAGGCCCCCUGACUCCUCUCUGUGCUUCUGCCUCCCCAGGGGCCGGUGAUUGCAGCCGGAAGUGCCCAUGACCGAGCUGGCGUCCUCCGGGGGCGGGUCCCCUGCGGGGGACGGGGAGGAGGGUCUGGGGGACGAUCGCGGCCUGGUCAUCCACCACCCCGCGGAGGAACAGCCAUACCGCUGUCCGCUGUGCGGCCAGACCUUCUCGCAGCAGCCCAGCCUGGUGCGGCACCAGAAGGCGCACGCUGGAGCGGGCCGCGCGGCUGCCUUCGUGUGUCCCGAGUGCGGCAAGGCUUUCAGCGUCAAGCACAACCUCGAGGUGCACCAGCGCACCCACACGGGCGAGCGGCCCUUCCCCUGCCCCGAGUGCGGGCGCUGCUUCAGCCUCAAGCAGAACCUGCUCACACACCAGCGCAUCCACAGCGGCGAGAAGCCGCACCAGUGCUCUCAGUGCGGCCGCUGCUUCCGCGAGCCACGCUUCCUGCUCAACCACCAGCGCACCCACGCGCGCAUGCCCGCGCCGCACCCGCGCCGCCCCGGAGUCUUCGGGGAGCGGAGGCCCUACUUCUGCGCCCGCUGCGGCAAGAGCUUUGCCCGCGAGGGCUCGCUCAAGACCCACCAGCGCAGCCACGGCCACGGGCCCGAGAGCCCGGCGGCCCAUUUAGGCCGCGUGCUCUGAUGAGCAGCGGGCUGGCCGCCGGCUGUUUCCCACCCCAGUCCUGCGUCCGUGACCCCUGGAGAAGGCGCUGGGCUGCAACCACCUCUCUGGAUGGGAUCCCGGGAGACAGGGAGGGCUGGCUUUGGGUCUGGAAGGAGUGGGCCACUGCCCUCCUUGGGCCGCCUUUUUCUGCUCCUGGCCCAGGACCCUCUGGCUGGCUGCCCACAGCUGCUUUGGACCCCUGCGUUGAUUUUCCUCCGCAGGCCCACCCGGCUUAGAGCAGAAUGUCAGUGUUGAAAGAGACCUGGAGAGGGUACACUCCACAAUUCUCCAGCCUCACCCCCUACCCAGGCCCCAGGGUCUCCCGGCACCAGCACUUACUUCUCCCGGUAUCCUCGAGAAGUCCUGUCACUUCAUGACUCAGUUUGCUUAUCUAUGUGGAGUGGGCAGGACCUCUGGGCCAUGUGCAAGGCACACCUGGCAGAGAGACUAGGAUGGGACUCUGGGCCUGCGGCCCGGCACAAGGACACAUCCCCUAAGAAGACCUACCUCGGGAGGUGACAGCAGAGGGACCGAAGGAGCCUGGAAUUGGAGGAAGGUUCUGUGCCCUAGUGGAAAACCUCCCUGAACCUGCUGGGAGUCACAGCCAGAGAAGAGCUGGUCCCAGCUGCCUGGACACCAAGCUCCACUCUUCAGGGGCAGCAGGGACAGGUCUUGUGUGGGGAGCCCACUUCUCUGCACCUGCCUGGCACACCAGAGACAGCAAGUGACUGGCCUAAGGGAACACAGCACAUUGAUCAGGCUCCAGAGGCAAAACCUUCCUCCAGGGAGGAAUGUACCUGCAGGCUUCACUCUGCUUUCAGGGCAACAGUUAACAUUUUGAGGUCAUGAAGCCCUUUGAAAGGAUGUCGGAGGUUAUGAACCUUCCUCCCAGGAAAACACAUACUCGUGUAGGGAAGAAUCUACAAGCAGUUCCAGGAGCGCUUGGACUCCAGCCUAGGAUCCUCAGCCCCAGGACUAACCUGUCGCUCUUUCCUUACCUGACAUGGAGCCCCUGGGGUCAAGGCCUUCAUUCAAGCAGCGUUACAUCCCCCCUCCCCCACUGGUCUUCCUCCCCUUGUUCUGGAAUAAAGAAUUCUGAGGAGGGG